AUGAAUGUAGGUUCUAUCUUGAACGAAGAUCCCCCGUCUAACAGUCGGGGUCGUGAUUUUGAAAAGAAUGAUUCUCCAAAGGAUGUCGAAUCUCACAAUAAUCACCAGAGACACUCCAUCGUGAAUUUGCUCAACGAUACGAUACCUUCCUCUGAUGUGACUAAGACUGAGCUACAGGACGAAAAAAUGGAGAUCGAUGACUCCUUCAAUUCUAAUAAAAACGACGAAGAUGUUGGUCUGUCUUUUCUAUCAACUAAAAGUCUGGAAAUCGAAUCAUCUGCACCUGACAAAGCUAAACAACCUGAAUACAAGGAAAGCAUUGCAUCCGAAUCUGUAAGAACCCACAAUAUAAGUGAAGGUGAUAGCCAGCCGAAGGAUGGAUCUCGUAAAUCAAAGGAGGAAUUAAAUGAUGAAGACGAAUUUAAAAAAUUGAGCAAACUUCACUCCACAGAUAAACCCAGAAGAUAUUUAGCGCCACCUAUAUGGGCACAAGAGUGGCAUCCAUCUGGUGAUUCCCAUUCUGCAGAAUACUCACACAUGAAUGGGACUCUCACAGCCCUAUCUAGCAAGCAUGUUUUUGACCCUAGCUCUACCAUAGGUACUGAUUUAGAAUGCUCAAUCACAGGCGUUAUUCCACCGCCAUCAGUCACCAGAACAAUUGCCGAAUGGGUUUAUGCAAACUUCAACGAAAUAUCGGACGAAAAUAGACAGUAUGUCGAAUUAGAGCUAAAAUUUGGAACUAUCAUUGAUAAAAGACAUUCGCACAGAAUAAAUAUAGAUGUAUCAACAGAAUGCAUUUAUACCAACACUUCCAGUAUUUACUUCGAUAUGGGAGUACACGAAGUGGGUUGGAAUGAGAUGUGCCAGUUUUUAGAUGAUUUGGAGAAAAAUUAUCAGGAAGAGUUGAGGAAAGCCGGACCAAAUGCAGCUUCGAAACCUAAAAGAAAAUUCAAUGUUUUGGAAUCCGAUAUCACAGACUCUUUUUAUCAAGUUAUUAACAGAAAUGAGCAACCAAAAUCCAUCAGAAUUUCUAAAGAUAAUUUGUUAAAUCCUCCAAGGUACACCGCUAUCAAUAAGCAAAGAAUAUCUGAUCUUUACAUUCACAAUCCUUCCUCAAUGUAUGAUCUAAGACUCUCUUUAUCUCUUGAGUUGCCUAUUCCAGAAGAUACCAUAGACUCAGUUCUUAAAAAAAAUAAGCCAACAUUGUCUAGAAUAAAGAAAAGAAAUUCGUGGACACAUAGACCAACAGUAAGUAGGUUUGACAUGACGAGAGUCUUGACACCAAAGGAACUAAAGAACAAAUUAGGAAAAUCAAUUGUGGAGCAAGAUCAAAGCUUUGAAGUGGAGCUAGAGAUUGAUACUUUAGAGCUAUUUAAUGGCUAUGACAAGUUCAAAGGAGGUUCCGAUACAAUAAGGUUUGAAGAGUUAAUAGAAAUUUUUGUGAACAAUGCAAGAUGCUUAAAUAAUAGAGUGACAAGGUUGGCGAACAAAUGA